AUGUCUUUUGCGAGCAGCCUCAGGAAACUCCUCCCCAGCAACAGACCUGAGAAAGGCCACGCCAUACGCGCGCAGAGAAACACUCUCUCCGAACCGUCUCGAGACGAUGCACACACAAGAGAGAAACAAGAGACGUCUAUCCCAUGUCUCAGCGACGAGACUUCAGACAGGAUAGUCCGCUGGAACACAGCCAUAGAACCCAGCCGCAGCUCCAUCUCAACCCCCAGCACACGCACGCAGCAGCUGUACCUCGCCCACCGCGAGAAGCGCCGCCGCCGCCGCAGCCUCCGCGAGUCGGGCGACUUCCUCGGGGUGCAGGGCAUCAACCCCGCGACGGGGGAGCUCGACGUGCUCACGCCGACCAGCAGCAGCAGCAACAACACCCCCUCGCAGUUCGCGUCGCUCGCGCGCACGGUGGCGGACAGGAAGGGCGCGUACGAGGCCGCGAGGAGGAAGCUCCAGGCGGAGAAGAUGCGGAAGUGGGAGCGGGACAAGGAGGCCGUCAGGGCCGAGCUGCACCGCAACAACGUCAGGUGGACGAAGCGCAGGUCCGGGUGGAGCUCGGCGAUCGAGCCCGCGCUGAGCCCCAUCGCGCAGAGCAGCAGUGCGGCCUCGACGCCCCGGGGUGGCGGUUCUACCGGGACGGUCGUGCGGACGCCUUCUGCGAGGCAUGCUUCUGAGGAUGAGAGUGAGAAGACGCGCACCAUUGGAACCGCGGGCGCCUUGAGGCGCAAACCUGUGCCUCUGUCUGCAGAGGCUCGCGCCCUGUCAUCGAAACGCAGCUACAGUGAUUUGAUACCUCCAGGCCGUGGACGCGUGGGGACCGAGAUUGCACCAUCAGACUCUGUCUCUGCCGUCGGAGCUCUGAAGGCCAGGGCAGGAAAUCACGGUGUGCCUCCAGGUCGUGGCCGACGGCCUGACAGAUCUACGACAACGAGUGGUCGACAGCGGUCCACUUCCUCGGCCCUCGAUUUCAGGUCAAGGUCUACACCAGAAUCAGACCUCGACCCGUCCGCGCCAGGUUCCAUGACCUACGAAUACUACACAGACCAGCAAACCAGCAGGAAGAGCGGGCUUCACGGCGGUGCGGCCAGUGCAGCCGACUCAAAGACAUCGGAAAUGCGGUCCUCAUCUUCGGCUCUGCAACGACGAGACGCUGGCAGUAAUAUCAGCGGUGACAAGAUGUCUCCAGGCAAAAGCACCUACAACCAGGACGGUAAGAAAGGCGGCGGAGGCAAGAUAUGUCUCCACACGCACCACCAUCACUACUGGAUCCUAUCCGAUUCUGUGGCACUCCAGUCCAUGCCGAGCCUCCGGUCAUCGGGACAGAGGCCACCGCUCCAGAAGGCGGAAAACAAACACAGGCUGGCUGCCUUCCCGGACGAGAGCGACGUAGAGGGAAUGGCCGAGGCGAGAAGGCCUCCGUCGCGCAACACGAACCGUCGCUAUUUCAUAGAUGGGUAG